AUGCAUUAUUUUUGUUUGAUUUUCAUUUUUGGUUGUCUUGCUAAAGCAACUACUGCUGCUGUGAGCGAUACUGGUGUCCGAAAUGUUGCUACUAUAUUAAAAGGUGUGUGGGUCAAUGAAUUGGGUUCGACAUUAAAUAUUACUAAUGUUUUUAAACCAUCAUUGCAAAUUAAAGGAAAUUAUCGAUCGCCAUCAGGUACAGCCGGUGAUCAAUAUGCAUUAAAUGGUUUUGUUAACUUAUCUCCAAUGGUAACUGGCAAACAUAAUGUAAUUGUUGUGAGUUUUACUGUUCAUUGGGGUAAUAUUGGUUCUGUGACAACAUGGAAUGGAUUCUAUUCUGAAGACGAUUAUAAUGAUAAAGACGGUGCUCCUGGAAGAAUUAUUGGUCAAUGGUUGCUAGUUCGUCCUGUUACAAAUUAUAAAUGGGAUCACAUUUUAACAGGACAAGACAGAUUCACAAAGAAAACAUCAAUUGGAUUUUAA